UGGCUGGCUGCUGCUGCUGCGCACGGCUCUCUGUCUCUUCUCUUAUCUGUGGCACGCAGAUGUUAUGGAGCUCAAUGGGGCUGUCAAGGGCCACCUAGAGGGCCUUGGAAAAGAGAUUGACGCCUUGAUUGGACAUUCAAUGUAUGGAAAGGGAGGCACCUAUUCACCGACGUGCUGGAGCAAGAACAGCGAGGACGUUGAUGUGGCCCUUCGGGUGAUCGGGGCGGCUAGCCAAUCCAUUCACGACGGCGUGACCCGGCUGAACCUGGUCUACAAGGCCAACCCGUCGGAGGUGGCUUCGGAGAGCAUGUCGAGAGAGAUGGGAGGCUUUUGUCAGCAGAUGGUGGCGUCUCUCACGCUGCUUUCGUCUGUUGGGGCCUCAAAAUCCAUGGUGACGUACUUUUCGGCCGGAGUAAGGGCGGUUCUGCACUCCGUGAAAGAUUUGAUAGGCGCACUUCUUGACCCGUCCCGACACGCACGUCUCAACGGCCUCACAGGGACGGUGUGGCAAACGUGCAAAGAGCUCCAGCAGGCACCAAAAACGAACAAGCUAGCCUGCCGGCGUCAGAUGAUGCAGUGGAGUGUCGCGGUCAAGGACACAAUCGACGAAUUUGUCGAGGCAGCCAAGACCGCCGCAAUGGCUAAUGCCGGCAAGUCGGAAUCCGCUGGGGACAAAGGCGGGCUAGACGAACAAUUCGCUGCCAAGGUAACCGUGGGCGGUGCCGGGGAAGGCGAGGUGGGAGCUGAAGGAACUUUCGACGACUUUGAUUUUGAUGGCAUGGACGAGAAUUAUGGGGCGGCGGAGCUAUCAUGCGUGGAGGCGAGCGUUGACGUCUUGCGGGUGUUCCGACGUUGCCUGAAGGCGGCCAACGAUUCCCUCAACUCACUGGACUCGCCCGAGCCGCAAGAGGAGUCUGGGGCGACUGCUGGACCGGCGGGAGAGGGGUGGUUACAAGGGAAGCUGGAAUGGGCGAAAUCAGUUCAGACGCAUCUGGACGACGCGAACGAGUGCGCUGGGGAAGUCGGAGUAUUGUUGUAUCCUCCCUUAGAUGGCGGGGAGUUGUUGGGUAGAGCGAACGAUCUGGAGAAGAGUUUGGCGGCGUUUUUUGAGGUAUUUAGCGCUGGCGGGGAGGGGACAAAUAGUGAGAUGGAGUCGCCACUCCGAAAAGCUGUUGUAGAAAAACUAGGCGUGUUACGAGCAGCAUUGGAGAAGCUGUGACGCCGCGCUCGUGUGAAGGACCUGAACGCAUUUGUCGGGGUGUAGAGCGUGCGUGCUUUAUGCAGCUUUUCUGUACGAAACAUCGCGUCAACAUCGCGUCAAGUUGUGCCGGCUGUGACCGCACAUCAGUUUCGAUAACAUCAUCUCGCCAGUUUUGUGGAAAGGCCUUUCAAAGUGAUCAGAGUUUUCCUUUGAAGCGCAAGAGUAAUGGGGUUUAUUCACAUCGCCGGCCCGCUUGUAUCUAGAAAAAGCAUCCGCUUUUUCAGCAAGGCUUACCAAAAAUGCAGGAGUCUCUUUCGUGUGUCGCCGGCGGCUGAGACCGUUUAUUUUCUGUGCCCUUCUUGUUUUUCCAAAAUUCUGCGGCUCGAUUUGUGACGAUGUUUCUUGUGAACGGGAUGGGGGCACUUGCGGUACGUAUUCUCUAUUAUUAAGCGUUGUCGUACUUUUUGUCCUGAAACUGUUUGUUGUUGAUUUGGUGCGCUCGCGGGAAAGACGUACGUUCGGAUUCGUUGACAUAGAAAACCUUAUGCAAACACGUUAUGGUGUAGUUUCCCGCCUCUCGCGAAUGGCUUCGUGACACCCUGGGGAGAAUGAGCCGACGCG